GCGGCCAAGGCUGAAUCACCUCGAACCGAGCAAGCAACGCGUUGCCAGACGCCAUGGCCAGGCUCCUCGUCACCUGCUGCCUGGUGACCCUGCUCCUUGGCACCUGGACCGACGUCGCCUUCUCCAAGAAGGGCAAAGGCAAACCCAGCGGAGGUGGCUGGGGCACGGGGAGCCACCGCCAGCCCAGCUACCCCCGCCAGCCUGGCUACCCCCAAAAUCCCAGCUAUCCCCAUAAUCCAGGGUACCCCCACAACCCCGGCUACCCCCACAACCCGGGGUAUCCCCACAACCCCGGCUAUCCCCACAACCCAGGGUGGGGACAGGGUUACAACCCAUCCAGCGGAGGAAGCUACCACAACCAAAAGCCAUGGAAACCCCCCAAAUCCAAAACCAACUUCAAGCACGUGGCUGGGGCGGCAGCAGCAGGCGCUGUGGUGGGAGGUUUGGGGGGCUACGCUGUGGGACGCGCCAUGUCGGGGAUGCACUAUCGCUUCGACAGCCCUGAUGAGUACCGAUGGUGGAACGAAAACGCGGCACGUUACCCCAACCAGGUUUACUACCGGGAUUACAGCAGCCCCGUCUCACAGGACGUCUUCGUCGCUGACUGCUUUAACAUCACGGUGACAGAAUAUAACAUCGGACCUGCCGCCAAGAAGAAUGUGUCGGAGGCCGGAUCAGCGGUGAACCAAACAGAGACGGAGCUGGAGACCAAGGUGGUGACAAAGGUGAUCCGGGAGAUGUGCAUCCAGCAGUACCGCGAGUACCGCCUGGCCUCCGGCAUCCGGCUGCACCUCGCCGACACCUCCCUUGCCACCCUCCUCCUCUUCUUCACCCUCUUUGCCAUGCACUGAUGCACCCCGGAUCCCGUUGCUUCAAGAUGUCACCCGUGUCUCCCCGGGGACCCCCUGAUUGCCCCCGUUUGUGCUUGUGGUUGUCUUCGGUGAAGAGCCCUUGGGGCGCACAGGCACCGACACUCCCCAUCACCUCCCCGGAGGGUCUGGUUUAGGCAACUGGAUGAAAAUUUCUUUCUCCACCCCAAACAUGUCCCCCGUCACAUGGCAGGACAGUGAUGGAGCUGGAUGCCCAAAAAAUGGCCUUCACCACCUCCUCCUCUGCAGGGCUACCCUGAGAGGGACCGGGCAGAGAGGAGCUCACCCGGUCCUUGGCAUCCGCGCAGGAGCAUUUGUGAAGAUCCUCUUUGCUAACAAGCGGGGUUUUACCUAAUCCCCUUAGUCCUGCUGCCACCAAACCCCCUUUCCCCAGGGCACGCCGCUUCGUUGCGCCUGAGCACCCGUACACCCCGGAGGAGUUUUAGGAAGGUCCCAUAUGGGUUUUUUUUUUUUCAAGCAACAAGCUGCUGGA